UGCUACUGCAUAUUCCCCUCCGAUCCGACUUUGACACCUUCUAUGACCUCAGGAAAACAUGUCCUACGCGGUGGAAACUAAAAAGCGCAAGUUCCACCGGGUCCUCGAAUCCCUGACGAAGCCUCCCUCAACACCCGUUUCCUCUAAGGCAGCCGCCCUCGAAACCCCGCCAGCCGCACGAGAGCAUACCUCACUCGAACACUCGAGUAAAAGGGCUCGCUUAGACCUUGCUGAGCUUCCUUUUGCUCGUAGCUCUUUGCUGAGCACACCGCGGCCCAGUUCCCGUGUCUCCACUACCUCUACAACCACUCCAUCACGCCCCAGCUUUGUCCCAUGGGAUCGGGAGCGCUUUCUCGAGCGAUUGGAAACAUUCCGUCGCGUAGAUCGAUGGGCACCCAAACCGACGGCGAUUAGCGAAGUCGAGUGGGCUAAGCGCGGGUGGAUAUGUAAUGAUGUCGCGCGCGUUGUCUGCGUGGGUGGGUGCGGUGGCUCGGUGGUUGUCAAAUUGCCAGACGAGCUCGACGAACUGGAUGGAUUUGAUGCGGAGAAGGUGCUGGAGAGGAAGCAAGUCCGCGCGAGGUUGGUGGAGGAGUAUGUGGGACAGAUGGUUAAAGGGCAUGCUGAGACUUGUCCGUGGAGAAACAAAGGAUGCGAUGCUACGAUUCAUCGCUUGCCACUAUCCAACCCAGAUACGGCUAUUUCCGCGCUACGCACACGCUACACCAACUUGGUCAAAAUGGCAGAUCAAUUGCCGGCAUAUGCGACUAUCCAAACUCCGGAGUCGUUUGAUAUAGACUCGAUUAUUGGCACUCUCCCAGCGGAAUUCGGAAGCAACGGAAGCAACGGAAGCAACGAGAAGCCACAAGAUGCUGCAGGAAAUGAGAAUUCUCAAGAUGCUGAGAAAACCCAGGACUCGAACCAAACAAUCUCUUCGGACGAAGCCUCAAUUAACAUGACUGCUUUUACGCUUGCCUUCUUCGGUUGGGAUGCUGUGCCAGACGGAACAGCUGGUCUGGCUGGCUGUAGCGUGUGCUUCCGGCGGCUGGGUCUGUGGAUGUACAAACAGAAGACCAACGGGGAUGCUGCUCUUUAUGAUACCCUCGACGUAGCCCUUGGACACAUGGAAUACUGUCCAUGGGUCAAUGGGACUGCGCAGAGUGGUACCGGACGUGCAUCUGAGAAGCCCGAGAACCUUCGAUGUGGGUGGCAGCUGUUGAGCCAGGCGCUCAAGGUGCGGCAUCGUCGGCAGAUUCGGUCAAGCGUCUCAGUCUCCAGCCGUGCUCCAUCCGAGGCCCCUUCGACGGAUGAGCUUGAAAUAGACGAGACUAGCCCGGAGGACAAAAAGGCUCGCGAUCGCGCAUGGUGGACUAAACUCCGGCGCAUGAGACAAGUCUUAAAUGUCCAGUCACCCAGAAAAAAGUCCGUCCCUCAAAAUUGACUUGCCCAUCAUUACCAUAUUUUCUUCUUCUUCUUCUUACUUCACACAUUACAGGUUUUAUGCAGCGUGGCGUUUCGAGGCAUCUGUAUGCAUAGCGUCUCUUUGUUUUUCAUUUUCAUGAUGUUUUAUUUAUCGUUGAGGGAAUGUUCUUGAUGGGCAAUAGCUCGGUUGUGUUUGAUGCUGGCACAAGAUGCAAUCGGAUCUCUAGCAAUUUUAAUCUUCAUAUAGAAGAGAGCCAUCUUCGUG